AUGGCGAUAACUAACCUACUUGAGUCACAAGAUGCUCAUUCAGAAGCAAGUAUGCAUAUGAUAUCAAAAACCAAAAUCAUAUUUAUAAUCAUAUUAUUUAUAAUUUCAUUAGCACUGUUUGUAUUUCAAACUGAAUUUACUUCACAGGCUUAUAAAUUGAAAUUUCUGGAACCUGUUGUAUUAUUAGUUGUUACUCAUGGUUCAUGGUGGUUAUUAUGGCCAUUACAAAUUAUAUUUGUAUCAUUAUGGAGGACUUUUAAUAAAAUGAAAAAUUCAAAUAAAAAAACUACUGUUAUCAGUUCUGGAUCAGGAAUACAAUAUCAACGAUUCAACUCAACGUCGGGAUUAUUAGGCAAUGAUGAUUCAGAACAACAACAACAACAACAACAACAACAACAACAACAGAUACAAGUGCCAUUAGAACAUACUGAUUAUUAUAAUUAUUUCAAGAAAUGUAUAGUUAAACAAUUUCAUAAUGUUUAUCAUACUUCUAUAUUGAUAUAUCAAUCUAAUGUUAAAGGAGAUCGAUCUACUACUCAUUUGAAUCUGAUUAUUGAUGAAAGUCCACAUAUUUCGAGUUCAAGUUCUAUUACAGAUUGUAUUAAAACAUUCAUUGCUACACCUUCUAUUAGAUAUGUAUUAAUAAAAGCAUUGAUUAUUACAUUAGUCUUAACUGUUGCUGGAUUUACAUGGUAUGGUGCCAUGUCUAUGACUUAUGCUGCUGAUGUAACUGCUAUUUAUAAUUGUUCUGCAUUUACUGCUUAUGCGUUUGCUAUUCCAUUGUUGAAUGAAAAAUUUUCAUGGUUAAAAGCUAGCUCUGUUAUUAUAGCCAUUAGUGGAGUUUUUAUUGUUGCAUAUUCUGGUGCUGAUGAUAAUAAUAACAACAAAACUGAGAAAGAAGAUAAUCCAUAUCCGUAUAGAUUUUGGGGGAAUUUGAUUAUUUUAAUUGGUGCUAUUCUUUAUGGAUAUUAUGAAGUGUUGUAUAAGAAAUAUCUUUGUAUUCCAGAACAUUUAACAAAGAUUAUAACCCCAAGACGUCAACUGACAUUUGCUAAUUUUGUUAUGGGAUUUUUUGGAUUUUUCACAUUUAGUAUACUUUUAAUUGGGAUAGUAUUAGUUGAAAUAUUUCAUAUUCAUCAUUUUAAUUUAUUUAAUUAUGGAGAGAAUACUAGAAUCAUCUGGUUAUAUAUAUCCGGAUCAAUUGUUAGUAAUUUAUUAUUCAGUGCAUCAUUUUUAUCAUUAAUGGCAUUGACAAGUCCAGUAUUGUCAUCGGUUAGUUCGUUGUUGACUAUAUUCUUGAUUGGAUUGGUUGAAUGGUGGAUAUUUGGUAAUAAAUUGGGUUUCCAACAAUUAUUAGGUGAUUUCUUGGUUAUUAUUGGAUUUGUUAUGUUGACUAUUGCAUCAUGGAAUGAAAUCAGUGAAGGGCAAGAAGAUGAUGAAGUUGAAGCUGUAAGUACCUAUUCAUUUGCAUUAAGUACAGAAGACAAUCGUUAA